UCUCUCUUCUCGAUCAUCAACACUCUCUCGAUCCUAAUUAAGCUUCCCCUGCAUGCAUAUUGUACGUACGAUCCCUUCGUCGAUCCCACAUUGAUCAUGAUCCAUGCCCAAUUACAGCAUUCGCGCAGAAGCUGAAACAAUAUCUCAGCACAACCUUUUAAAUUAGGUGGCAUUAUUUGAUAUGCCAAUGAGCGACCCGCCGCCGAGAUGCGCUGAGGCUCGCGAGAGCAGCGGCAGCAGCAGUUCGACGACAUCGUCGUCGCGCUCUUCGCCCUCGUCCCCUUCGUCCCCUUCGUCGUCGUCGUCGUCGUCGUCCUCCUCCUCCUCCUCGGAAGGAACGCUUCAAAGUAGAAAACCAAAAGCAGCAGGGGGGGAGGAGGAGAAGAAGAGGCGGCACGGGAGGUACCGGGGGGUGCGCAUGCGGGCGUGGGGGAAGUGGGUGUCGGAGAUAAGGGAGCCGCGGAAGAAGUCGCGCAUCUGGCUCGGCACCUUCCCCACGCCGGAGAUGGCGGCGCGCGCCCACGACGCCGCCGCGCUCUGCGUCAAGGGCGCCGCCGCCGUCCUCAACUUCCCC